AUCAUGUUGGAAAAAUUGAUGGUCUUUCGUGACUUUGCAUGCCAUUUCUUUUUGGGUACCGAACAAAAUUCCUCCCCAAUUCGAUUCCCUGGAUCACAUGCAAAACAAAGUUUAGGUUCCUUUUACAAGCAAAAGAAGAAGACGAACAAAUAUUCCCAGGAUUUGGAUUUCGCAGUGUUUCACUCUCUCUUGUAAGUGUACUCGGCGGUUGCUUGGAGCUGAUUCGGUCAACGUGUCCGAGGACUCUCGAGGAACUGAGGCGAUUGAUGUGGUUUUAGCUAUCCAUGAAGUGGUUUGGGACGAGGAACAAAGAGUUGAUGUUAUGAAUCGGGAUUAGAAAUAAUGGAGAGGCUGAAUCUUUCGGUUCCGGUUUGUGCUUUUUUUCUAUGGUCAAUUCUGGUGAUCGGUUUCGUAUCAAAGGUCUCUGCUAAUGCGGAAGGCGAUGCCUUGAAUGCAUUGAAGAACAAUUUAGAUGAUCCUAAUAGAGUUCUGCAAAGUUGGGAUGCUACCCUCGUGAACCCCUGCACUUGGUUUCAUGUAACGUGUGAUAGCGAUAAUAGCGUGACGCGGGUUGAUCUUGGAAAUGCAAAUCUGACUGGUCAACUAGUUCCACAACUUGGUUCGCUUGAAAAUCUGCAGUACUUGGAACUUUAUAGUAAUGCUAUAAGCGGAAGCAUUCCGGAUGAGCUUGGGAAUUUGACAGACUUGGUGAGCUUGGAUCUUUACUUGAACAAUUUAAGUGGACCCAUUCCAACCACAUUGGGUGACCUUUCAAAACUUCGAUUUCUGCGUCUCAACAACAACAGCUUGGUAGGAGGAAUUCCUAUGUCUUUAACUAAUGUUACAUCACUGCAAGUCCUAGAUCUAUCAAACAACAAUCUAACAGGAGAUAUUCCAGUUAAUGGUUCCUUUUCAUUAUUCACUCCUAUCAGUUUUAAAAAUAAUCGACUUAAUAAUGUUUCAGUUACUCCCACUUCUCCUCUUACUCCGCCUCCACCAGUUUCUUCUCCAGGUAGUUCCACUGGAGCAAUUGCUGGAGGAGUUGCUGCUGGAGCUGCUCUGCUUUUUGCUGCCCCUGCAAUUGCACUUGCUUGGUGGCGACGAAGAAAGCCACAGGAUCAUUUCUUUGAUGUUCCUGCUGAGGAAGAUCCAGAAGUUCAUCUGGGCCAGCUUAAAAGGUUUUCUCUGCGUGAGCUGCAAGUUGCAUCAGAUAGCUUUAGCAACAAAAACAUUCUGGGAAGAGGUGGAUUUGGUAAGGUUUACAAAGGACGCUUGGCUGAUGGCUCUUUAGUAGCAGUAAAAAGACUUAAAGAGGAGCGUACCCAGGGUGGGGAGUUGCAGUUCCAAACAGAGGUAGAAAUGAUUAGCAUGGCUGUGCAUCGUAAUCUGCUUCGUCUACGUGGUUUUUGCAUGACACCAACAGAACGAUUGCUUGUUUAUCCCUUUAUGGCCAAUGGAAGUGUAGCAUCAUGUUUAAGAGAACGUUCGGAAUCACAGCCCCUUGAUUGGCCCAAACGGAAACGCAUUGCAUUAGGAUCUGCAAGGGGGCUUGCUUAUUUGCAUGAUCAUUGUGAUCCUAAAAUCAUUCACCGUGAUGUAAAAGCUGCAAACAUAUUGUUGGAUGAAGAGUUUGAAGCAGUUGUUGGAGACUUUGGGUUGGCUAAACUGAUGGAUUACAAAGAUACUCAUGUCACUACUGCUGUACGUGGCACAAUUGGGCAUAUAGCACCAGAGUACCUCUCAACUGGAAAGUCUUCAGAGAAAACUGAUGUUUUUGGGUAUGGGGUCAUGCUUCUUGAACUGAUAACGGGCCAAAGGGCUUUUGAUCUCGCUCGGCUUGCAAACGAUGAUGAUGUUAUGUUGCUUGAUUGGGUGAAAGGACUUUUGAAAGAUAAGAGGUUGGAAAAAUUGGUCGAUCCGGAUCUGCAGGGUAACUAUAUCGAUGAUGAGGUGGAGCAGUUGAUCCAAGUGGCCUUACUUUGCACACAAGGCGCCCCGAUGGAGCGGCCCAAGAUGUCAGAUGUCGUUAGAAUGCUUGAAGGUGAUGGAUUGGCAGAAAGAUGGGAGGAGUGGCAGAAGGAGGAGGUGUUCCGUCAAGACUUCAAUAAUAUCGCCCACCCAAAUGCUGGUUGGAUCAUAGACUCCGCUUCCCACAUCCCUCCGGAUGAAUUAUCGGGUCCUAGAUGACCCUUUCUUGGCUCCAUUCUUGGCAUACCUAUAAAUUUUAUCCUGGAGGCCCCUUUUCUAUUUGGGAUUGAUAUUUGCCAUAUAUGUGCAUAUGAUUUUUCUUCU